AUGAUAGGCUCUAAAUGCCAUGUAUUGCAGAAGCGGGACCCUUUCAUGGAAAGUAGACCGUCAAGGCCUGAGCUCAUCUCGGACACCUCUAGUGAUGACGACUCCAAUCAAUCAAAUGACCAUGCUAUUACUCCACCGCCCCUCAUAGGGCCUGUCACUCAUUAUGGAGUUAAUCUAAGCCCCAGCUCGCCUUUUUCGGGGGAAUACAAAGAUAGUCGCACAAUUCCUCUUCAUGUGCCUGUGGCAAGCAAAAGGCGUCAUACUGUCUGCAACUCAAAGAACCCACGUGUGGAGGUAGAUAGUGUUGCCAAACAGCCAUUAUCGCCUGCCAGAAGUCGACCUAAGGCUAGGAGGUAUACUACAACUAAUACAAAUGGCGAUUUUUCGAAAUCCCCAGCCUCACCGGACAGGUUCAUACCCGUUAGGCAAUUUAUGAAUCCACCAUCAACCUUGUUUCAUAUUGGUAAGAGCCCUCAGGAGCUAUCCCCUGAGGAGAGAUUUCUGCGCCAUCGUUCACAGAAAGAAGACCCGUUUAUGCCCACGCGCCCAAGACGAUCUGCAAGCACUCCUGGAAUACCCUCAGGACGUCCACUACAACUGUACUAUGGGCCCCGUUUUAUCAAUCUUCCGGCCAUCACAGGGAUUGAUAGCUCAUUAAAUCCAGAAGCCGGGCCUAGACAAGUGAGUAACGGGGCUGUCUGGCAUGUUGGUGGAGCAUCUACUGCCGUAGGCAGACGAUCUAGGACAACUUCUAGCCGUUCCGGGGGACCCUUGACAAGUGGAACAGCUGCUCCUAUGUACAAUGCUAGUUUCUUGCCAUCUGUAGAAUCGGCCGAGAAACAAUCCAAAUACGAGUCAAGGGUGGCUCUUGCAUUGGAUAUUGACCCUGCAAGAACCCUUCUCAACAGUCAUCACUGCUGGCCGCUACUUGAGUCCACUCCAGCUCCAUUCUCUCCCCUCUACGAGCGAUUCUCGCCGUUAGUCUGGAAAGACAAUGCAUGGAAGAAGGCAGAGAAGAACAGGUGUAAGGAAGAUAGCGCAAGAAUUGUACCAACGCUACCAUUCCGUAUACUAGACGCACCUAACCUCCGCGAUGACUUUUAUUGCUCAACACUAGCAUAUUCAAUCACUUCUGGGAUUCUUGCCGUCGGUCUUGGCCACCAUGUUUACCUUUGGUCUGAAGCUUUUGGCGUACAGUACCCACCUUUCGCUGACCAACAUCCCUCGAACUUUGUAACCUCUCUGUCUUUCUCCUCGGAGAGUGGAGAGAAAGACAUUCUGGCUGUUGGCAGGCAUUCCGGCACACUCAGCCUUUGGAGUGUUUUUGAUUCGGAGAUACGUUUUGAAGUUAACCAUCCUUAUACAAUCACUUGUGUUGCAUUCAAGCAUGUGAAUUCGCGCAGAAUGUCAGAGAGAUUCAAACAUGUCGAGGUAGACACAGAAGAUCUUGCUGUCGGCGAUGAUCUGGGUAAUGUCUGGUACUACUCAGUUGAGUGGCCUGACGAUGAGAUCCGGGAAGAUUUUGACUGGCAAGGCUCCAUGACCCUUAUUGCUAAGAUAUCGGCCCAUACACAGCAGGUUUGUGGCAUAUCCUGGUCUCCAGACGGAGCGAUUCUUGCUACUGGUGGCAAUGAUAAUGCGUGUAUGCUAUUCGAGCUGCAAGAUAUUAUUCCCCCAGGAGAAUUAGGCAUAAUCUCGAAGCGCCCGAAUACGCUACGCCAGAGUCGUCUCAAUUCAUUCGUGGAGAACACACAUCAACAGCUCUUACAUAGACACUUCAUCGCUCGCAAUUUACCAACAUCUUCCCGUCCUGGUACCGCGCCUUUGUCGACAGCUCUUCUCAGCCGUGUGGGAUCACUCAUCUCAGAUCACGACCGAACGGUCAUAGUGCCGCCAAACUAUCAGAGGCAUCGGCUUGUCCAUUCUGCGGCGGUUAAAGCAAUAGCAUUCGCUCCCUGGCAGCCAUCGCUCUUAGCCACAGGUGGGGGCUCUAAUGACCGCGCCAUUCACUUCUACCACACGCCGUCCGGCGCAUGUCUGGCUACUAUCAACGUUUACGCUCAGGUGACUGGUCUUAUUUGGAGCAAGACAAGGAGAGAGAUUGUCGCCACCUUUGGCUUCGCACAACCAGAGCAUCCGUUCCGAAUUGCUGUCUUUGCCUGGCCAAGCUGUGAGCAGAUCGCUGCAAUCCCAUGGGGCCCAAACGGUAGUAGCUGGGAUCGUAUAGAGAAUGAGUCAAAUGUUGACUGCGGCCGAGCCCUCUGUGCAGUUAGCUACCCCUGCAGGCCACCCACUUAUGUGCUUGAUAAAUUAGACAGCCCUGAUGGCUCUUCUAUAUCUAGUUUGGUAAAUCAACUCAGGUCAAACAGGAAGGGAGGAAGUGUACAUUACCGGCGGGCAGUUGUGCGGCCUAGGGCCAAAGAAGGAGGGCUCUGGUGUCCACGCACGGUCGAAGAAGGAUGUAUCAUUGUGGCCUCUAGUGACCAAAGUGUCAAGUUUCAUGAGGUGUGGAGCAGUGGAAGAAAACAAAAGGCUGCAGCUUCUGGGCCAUACGGUGGUAGUGAGAUCCUCGAGGGCAUCGAAGGUUUGGAAGCCCCAGGGAAGGAAGUCAUUCGUUGA